AUGCCCGAAAUAACUUUUGAAAUCAGAAAAAUAAGAGUUGAUGAUUUUCUUCACAAAGAAAAUAGAAAAAAUUUAGCUAGAUAUUUUGUUGAACCCUUCUAUUAUAGAACGGGAAAUAUACGUAAUGGAGAAAUCCAUAAAAUCCAUCGUCUAUUUAUUCAAUUUAAUGACUUAGAUGAAAUGGUAGAAGGGUUUCGUUGGGGUAAUACCAUCACCUUAAAAAUAGAUUUAGACCUGGCUGAUACUAGUUUAACUCGUUUAAAUAAAUUUCACAUAAGCAGUGAUCAGUAUGGUCGUGAGGUCAGCGAAAUAAGAAUAGGAAAUAUUGAAGAAUAUAUGGAAGGUGAAG